AUGGAUCCCUUCUCAAGCCCUUCGCUUGCACAGGCAGAAUCCUUUUCUCCUCCCAAGCCCAAUAGCAAUAUCACCUUUCGAAAAGAUCCUAAGCGCAUCGACCAUGGUCUUACUUCUAAGAUUGAAGCCAGACAUACACAUAUUCACUCUCAUUCGCAUUCUCAUAUCAAUGCCAACUUUCAGUCCAAAAACCACACGUUGAGAAGAGAGUCCUUUUCUGAGCUGUCCAAAUCUAAGUCUCCUUUUCAGAGAAAUCUUCAGCUGAGCUCUCCUUCUCAAAGAAUGCCGCUGACAGUACCGCGUAAUGACAUAGUGAACCUACCUUCGGGGAUUCAUUUGGGCGCAAAGGCUAAAAUUCAAUUGAAAAGUCCGAAAACUACUGUGAAGGAGGACAAUCCCUUUUUGGAAUCUUCUCCCGCCAAAAGAAAAUCUUUGGAUUCCGUUCAGAGGCUCACCAAGAUCCCAAAACUCGAUAAACCUGACGAAGAGACUCCAAUGCGACCAACCAAACCAAACCCAGCCAGCCCUGCUACGGAACAACAGAGCCGUAUAAUUGACGCGUUGGGAGACGGAGAAGAUUACCCAAUUAUCGACAACCCAUCAUCGCCCUUAUUAAAUCAUAGUAAGAUUCAAUCUUUUGAGGAGGAGGCAAGCGAUAAUUCUCCAGGUGUUUUUAAUAAAUCUGCCAUGUUAGAUGAGCUGGAUGAGGAUAGACGUGAAACCUUAGUCUCAGUACAUGCAGAAGAUGAGAUCAACGAAGGAGAGGUAGAGGAACCGGAGAGGGAGGGGGAAGAACAGCAAGAUAGCAUCUUGAACGAGCUAGAUGAUAAUGAAGAAAGUGAUGAAUAUACACAUCUGGAAGAAGAAGAUUUUGAGAGCUUAGGCGAAAUCAUCAGUAAUAUCAAAUCGGUUCAUGAAGGGAACGUUAUAGCUCUUGAAUCCCGAUUAAAUGACCGAGUUGAGGAAAACGAAACUUUAGCCUUGGAAUUAAACUCUGCUAACCAACAAUUGAUUGCUUUGAAAAGCCAGUUAGCAAAUUUAGAAUCUGACAAGAUCAAUAAUGAGUCGCAAAUCACAGCAUUAAGAUUGGAAAUUGAAGCUCUCAAUUUGAGCCUUGCGAAGCAAGACAAAUACAAAGGUGUUAUUAGUUCUUUGAUUCUGCAACUAAAAGAUACCAAGCUGAAGUAUCAAGAUGCAUUUGAUAUUGUUUGCUUUUACCAGAAGAAGUUUGAGACCGACUCCGCUCACAAUGAAUCGGUCUUGGCUGAGUUGAAUGCUAAGAAAUCCCUGAUUGAUCAAAAUCUGGAAAAAAUACAAGCUCAAUCUCGUGAAAUUGAACAGCUUAAAGAGAUUCAUAACGACCAUCUUGAUGACUCUUCGAAGGAAAUCCAAUCGUGGAAAGAAAAAGUCAAAGAAAUUACUGAACAGCUUGACACUCAAUUACAACACAGAGACCAGCUACUUCAGGAUGCAGAAGCUGAAAUAAAGAAGUUAAAGGCCACUCAGGAAAAGCUGGAGGGCUCUUUAAAUGAAAGUUUGAAUAAUGCUGAUUCUCUGCGAUCACAAUUGGCCGACCUCGUUAACGAGAAGGCCCAACAACAAUCUCAAUUCGAGUCUCUGGAGCAGAAUGUUGAGUCCUUAAAAAAGGAACUACAAGUGAAAUCGAUAGAGCUGGAUUCUUACGAGACAAAUAAUAAGGAAUUAAAAGAAUCUUUGGAAUCUUUGGAAACGAGAUAUAAUAGUAAACUUGAAUCUCAGUCAUCCAAAAUUAAUGAACUGGAAACAAGUCAGCAGGAUAAGUUGACGGAGCUGGAGGAAUCUUACAAGAUAUCUAUGGCCCAAAAGGAGGAGAGAAUCAAAGAAUUGGAGAAGCAACUAGUAGAGAAACAAACAUUCUUUUCUACCGGAGCUCAAAAAGGUCUUGUGUCCGAAUUACAACAAAAGAUAGAUGAUUUACAAAGGGAAUUGAGUACACACGACGAGCAGGCCGAACAGAAAUUACAACAAUUAGCUCAAGAUCUGUAUGUUCAAUACUCUGCCAAGCAUGAACAAAAGGUGUCCGUUCUCAAGAAGGGAUACGAGACAAAAUGGUCCUCUAAGCUAAAUAAGGUCACCGAGGAGAAGAACACACUGAAGCAGGAAGUUCAAAAGCUUAAGCAAAAGUUGACUAGUGAAAGAGAGGAGAAAACACGCCUGGUUAAACUCUGGGAUGAGUUGGUUGACAUGGAGAGUUCCAAAUGA